UUGUUUACAGACUUUUAUUUCCGGCACAAUGAAGAGACGCUUCCAAGAAAGCUACUUUUAGCCAAGAGAGGAUUGUAAAUACUACUACUACUAAUAAUCGCAGGCAGACAUUGUUGUACACACCAUGGUUUAUUUGGCUGUCGGUGCGGUGAGGUCCUCGGUGUCUUUACGAAAGCUGUGCGCGACGACGCGGAAGUUGGCUCCACUCUCCCGGGUCGCCCGCCGCUCGUCCGCGGGAGCAGACCCGCCUGCCGCCUCUGCCCCGGCGGAGAGCGGCCGUAACGGCGGCCCCCCCGCGCCGCCCGCCUACUGCUGCAUGAGCGGCUGUCACAACUGCGUGUGGAUCGAACACGCCCAACAGCUGCUGGCCUACUACAACGACGACGACGGCGAGGAGCGGGCGCUGGCCGCCAUCGAGGAGAACGUCCUGGACGACAACCUGAAGGCCUACUUGAAGAUGGAGAUCAGACACCUGAGGAGGACGUGACGUCACACGUCCUCCCACGGGCCAUGUUUGGUCUUCCUGAUGGAAAAGAAGGCGAUGGAAGUGAAAUGUUUGAAAUAUUACUUCCACUCUUGGUUGUUGCACUUGAAGUAUUUAUUGUCUGCAUCUCAUUUAGGACUUUUUAAAGUUGUGUUCUCAAACUGACUGUCACCAUGGCAACAGGAGUCUGGCUUUUAUGUCUUAAAUCAAAAGGUGUGUGAUCCUCAUCCCCUCCUGAGUCAGCACUGGUCAGGAUUCACGUGGGAAUCUGACUUUUUAAACAUAAAAUAACACUUUGAAUGAAAUAUUGUAGCGUGCAAGUGUAAGCAGUAUUCUUUACCUCUGCCUUGUGUGGAGGAUGUAAUGAACACGACCGACACCAGGGGGUGAUGUUCCUCGUGGCAAUGCAUCCCUGACGACACAAGACAUACAAAUGAAGUCAAUAUUUUCUGCUAAUUGUUUUCCCCCUAUAUUUUGUGGUAUUAUGACCUAAUUUUGUUUUUAAAAAGCUUUUUUCCUCUUGCCACACUCAAAAUAGUAACUUUUUGAAAUAAGACAGGGCAAAGUGUAUUUACACAAAUAAAGUGGUAAUAUUACAGUUGUUUUUUCCUGGUAAUCUUACAACUUUGGUAUAAUCACUACUUUUU